CUGGAGGGAUGAAACUCGACUGCAGGUCUGCAGAUGGAAGGCAGACAGUGUAACUCGCUCUAGGUUUCUUUUUUUUUUCCUCCCCAGCAUGCAUGGCUUUUGUUUCUAGCAGAGGGGACAGGGCUGAUGCAGAGAAAAGCACUCAUCUUAUACACUGUACUUGGGAGCCCUUUGUAAGUGCCCGAGUGCACAGUGUGGCACUCUGUCUGCGCUCUGCAGUUGCAUAGACUUAUGUUCAGUCACCACACGGCUGAAUUGAUUUUAUAACACGAGGGAGAGACUGAGAGAGACAGAUAACAGGGUACUGAGUGGAGAGUGGGCAGUAGGGGCUGUUUUAACAUCUACAGAAACUGGAAAUUAAACUUUUUUUCUUUGCUUUUUUUUCCCCCACAUCUAGCCUUUUUAAGGCUGCACUGGACUGAACUGUUUGCUGCACAUCUCAGGAGUGAAUUAAUUCUUGCGCUUUUUUUGUACUCAGCUGCGAAGAGGGGGAGAAAAGAGCUGAGUGUGCUUUAAAGUGAAUCGGAGGACCGAGGAGAGAGGGAGAGAGAGAAAGAGCAAGUACACCGCUCUCCCUCUGUGUGUAUAACUGGGCAGCAUGGUGCAGAAAAUGAGCCACACAGAGAGCACCGCCGAGGCGCUGUCCUUUUUCGCCGGGGACUCGAGCUCCGACUCCGGGGCGUGCAUGGACCUGGACCCGGCCGCCUCGCCUCUCUCCCCGGGCUCUACAGCUUCUUCCACCGCCGGGGACAAGCUGGGAGACAACCCGGCAUGGUGUAAAACUCCCAGUGGCCACAUCAAGAGACCCAUGAACGCGUUUAUGGUAUGGUCACAGAUCGAGAGGAGGAAGAUCAUGGAGCAGUCUCCGGACAUGCACAACGCCGAGAUCUCCAAGAGGCUGGGGAAGCGGUGGAAGCUGCUCAGGGACAGCGACAAGAUCCCCUUCAUCAGAGAGGCGGAGCGGCUCAGGCUCAAGCACAUGGCGGACUAUCCCGACUACAAGUACCGGCCGAGGAAGAAGGUCAAAUCGAGCGCCUCAAAGCCUGGCAGCAGCGGCGACAAGGGUGAGAAACUCAACAGUAGCUCUAACAACACCAGCACUAAGACAUCCUCAUCAUCGAGGAAGAACGGAUCCAAAUCACCCAGCAGCAGCAAACCCCAUAAAUCACUUUUCGGGAGCAGCAGCAGUAGCACCAAAGCAUCACCGUUUGCCUCUGAGCACCCGUCAGAGCACCACCACAACUCUCUCUACAAGUCGAAAUCUGUCUCCUCAGCAGCCAAGCAGAUACCGGAUGGCAAGAAGCCCAAGCGGGUGUACGUCUUCGGGAGCACCGCGGCCAGCCUGAGCGUAAGCCCCGCGUCCUCCGUGGUGGUCCCGGCCAGCCCGACGCUCAGCAGCUCGGCGGACUCCAGCGACCCGCUCAGCCUGUACGAAGACGCGGCCAGCGGCAGGGAGGAGGGCGCCGAGUCCCCCAGCAGCAGCGGCGGCAGCCUGGGCGGGUCUUCGGGGCGCCACGGCGGGCACACGUACAGCAGUCGACGGGCUUCGUCUCCUACUCCCUCCGGCUCUCACUCCUCCUCCGCCUCGUCCCGCUCGUCCUCCUCCUCUUCCUCCUCGGAGGACGAAGAGUUCGAAGACGACUUGCUCGACGUCAACGCGAGCCCCGGCUUCGAUAGCAUGUCGCUGGGGAGCUUUGGUUCCUCGGUGCUGGACAGGGACUUGGAUUUGAACUUUGAGUCCGGCUCUGGGGGCUCCCACUUCGAGUUCCCCGACUACUGCACGCCCGAAGUCAGCGAGAUGAUCUCCGGGGACUGGCUGGAGUCCACCAUAUCCAACUUGGUGUUCACGUACUGAGUGAGCCAAAAACAAAAGGAAACAAAAAAUAAACGACAGGUAGGCCUAAAGUCCUCCCAGCAAAACAUGACCACAAAACACAACCAGGAGCUCCUGGUGCAGUGGGCUUAAUAGUUUGUGUUCACCAGACUACUAAAAACCCACUGAAACUAGCCCCCGUCCCUUCUCGUCCUUUGUAGGCAAGAGUUGCAAAUCGUUGGAAAGCUAAACUUUAAAGCGAAUAAGUCGCUUUUUGUACUUUUCUUCGGAUGCGUGGACCGGAGGGGGGGAACUUGGUUCAACCACAGAAGUGGAGGGAGUGCAACCCAGAGAGAGAGGGGGGAGAGAAGGAGAGACUGACUGAGGUUCCUGAUAGUGAAACGCUCAGUCACCGAACUGUUUUUGAACUGAACAACUUAACUGUGAUUGAUUUGCACGUUACGCGGUCCGCCGUUCACUUAAUCAAUGUUGUUGCUGAUUAAAAAAAGAAAAGAAAAAAAAAAAAAAAGAAAAGGGACAUUUCACAACUUUUUACCAAUCGCCAAGUGAACUUCACCACUAAAAGGUACAGAACCGGGACUGUCGUGCGACAUUUUUUUUAUUGUGGUGUGUCACCGAGAGGGAUUUUUAAUGAAACCGAGGUGGGUUGAUGUUUUUUAAAAGUCAGAAUAUUUUCUCAAAAGCAAAAACAUGUUAAGCAUGAUAGCCUACUUUGUUCCUAUCUUGUGCUGAGAUUUUCUGUGAGACUGUCGAGCAGUUUAAAAACUAGUAUUAGGGUUAUUUAAAUGGAUAGGUGGCGCUCGCUUUCGGUUCUUCUCUUUUUUUUAUAUAUAAAAAAAGGACAUUGAAAUAAUCACCAGCUGUUGUAAUUUUUUCAAACUUCAGGAUUCAAACGCAACUUCAAAUCUGUGCUGAACUUUAUACACGUGUUCUCUUCUAUUCAGGACCAAAAUUCUUUAAUUUCAGAUGAUAGCUAUAGAGAAAUCCUCACCGAUUUGUUUGUUUUUCAUCCUCUGAGCUUUGUUUUGUACAUGUUAUUCAGAUGCCAUUUUAUAUGGGAUGUUGUAUUUAUAUACUGGGACAAGCAUUUUUGACUUGAUCAUUUUUUUAUUUCUUGUAUAACAUGAUCUGGUCCUGUUUUUUUCUUACACGGUUGUUUGUCAGUAUGUCUGUCUGUCACAUUUCCUUCUCAGGCGAAGGGCUAGAGUUUUAAAAACACACAACUUUUUGAUUUCAUUUUAUAUUUAAAUGUACACACUUUUUUGGACACUUAAAAGAGAGGAAACAGUUUGAUUAUUUUCUCAGUGUAUUUUUGUACAAAUCUAUAUAAAAAAAAUGGGGGAGUCAACAAUCGGUGUGUGUAGCCUACUAAUACAGCUGUAUUGGAUUUCCUAAUUUUUAGUACCCCGGCAGGCUGGCUUUUAUGCUGCCUUCAAGUGCUCAUGGUAAGCUCGUACUCAUGACUUUUUAUUGCCUGUUCAAAUGCCUUUUCUAGGUACAGCCAGCAAAACAGACCUUACAUCACUGUGGUGCCUAUUGUUUGUUUUCAGAAGGCACCGAGCUACUUUUUACUGAAGUGACCGGGCAGAGGAGAUAAUAUGAAUCAGGUGUGUAAUCGGUGUUAAAUUCACUAAUUUGGCAAACUUUCUUGGACUCUUACCAGCAAAUGCUGACAAUACUUCUUCAAUGUCCAAUCCCUGAUCAUCUCGUAUUGUCAGUACAGGCAUAAGAUGAUUAACCACCCAGUUAUAAGGAUGCAAUUACGAAUUUUCCGACAGCACUUGAAAGCAGCACCAGUCUUUGUAACAGCCUACCUUCUACGUUUACAGUGCCAGUCUGCAGGCUCCUUAAAGACACAGGAAUGCAUUAUUUCUGGAGGCUAUUCCUGUGGACCAUGUGGGUUAACAGCUUCACUAUCUUAAGCAGCCACUUGCUUUUGCAUUUCCCAUCAGACAUCUUGCCUAUGACAACAAAUGAGGAGAUUGUAGCUUUAAAUUUGACUUAUUUCUUGAUGUUUUCAUUAAUUGAUGUCAAAUUUGCCAAUCAACCACUGGAUUGAACAUGCUACCAAUACAACAAGCAAACAACAAGGAUGACAACAUCAAGCAUAUUCAAAUUUCUGACUUGAGUUCCGCAACACCUACUUGUACUGCGUUUCUCAUUGUAUUUGAAUAUAUAAUCUUUUCUACUUGUCGGCUAACUAUUAGCUAAUAAUUGUUUUAGUAUCUUUAUGGCAUGGUGAAUAGCAUUUGUAUUUCAGAUUCAGGUUAUUAGCUGUUGUGUUUUUCAGAAAAAAUGAAAAAAUGAGGAAAAACGAUGAAACGUGAACUCGAUCUUUGUAUAUUUGACUGUAUCAUAAAGCAAAAAGAUUGUGUGUUUAUGUACGUUGUUGCUAUCGAGGACAGGCACUGUCUAGAACUGCUAUCUUUUACACAUCCUUACUUACAUUUAAGGUGGUCAGUUCAGGACUUUUUUUUAUAUAUAUAUGAAAGCAUUUUUAAAUAUAUUGACUUUAUUUUUCAUCCAUCCUGUGCAAUAUGCUGUGUAGAAUUAUCAUUUAUUGUCUCUAAUCAUGCCAUAAACAAAGGAACCACCCUUUUUUUGGGACUCAGAGAAAGGGGGGAAACUCAUGCCAGCUAAAUUGUGUCCAUUCACUGCCUGUCAGAUUGUUGAUAUAAACUUGUGUACAGAACUUUUUCAAGGAAGGAAAUAAAUAUCAGCUGGAACUGAAA